AUGAUGGACCAAAUCUAUGGUGUUCUCAAACUUAGGAUUCAGAGAGGCAUUAAUCUCGCAAUUCGCGAUUUGCGUUCUAGUGAUCCUUAUGUUGUUGUCAGCAUGGGUACUCAGAAACUGAAAACUAAGACCAUACAUAAAGAUCUCAAUCCUGAGUGGAAUGAAGAAUUGACCCUUAUAGUUGACGAUAUUAAAACUCCAAUACAUCUGAAAGUUUUCGACAAAGACAUGUUCUCAGCAGAUGAUGAAAUGGGUGAAGCAGUUAUAGAUAUAAGGCCAUCUGUUAAGUGCUGGAACAAAGGAUUGGAAAAACUCCCAGAUGGUUGUGUAGUGAAAAGAAUUCAGCCAAAUGAAAAUAACUAUCUUGCAGAAGAGAGUACCUGUAUUUGGCACAAUGGGACUAUAAUCCAACGUAUGCUCUUAAAAUUGAGAAAUGUUGAGUGUGGUGAAUUACUCUGUGAACUUGAAUGGGUUAGUGUACUAGGUUCUAUGGGCUUAUUAGAGCUACAACAAUUACAUGCUUAA